CACUCACCUCUGCAACAUAGUUUCUGCGUGCCUUGACUUUCAAACAUUAACAAGCUGCAAGAAAAAAAAAAAAAAGGCGUUUAAUUUUUAUUGCUUUCGUCGUCUUCUUCUUCUUCUUCUUCAAUUGAAGAUCUUCAUUACAAAGAGAGAGAAGAGCUCAUGGCGUCUCCCACCGAGAACAGCAAUCGACCUAAUAGCAAAAAAACCCAUCUUUUGAAACCUUGUCUCACCUCCAUUAAUGGAUCUCAAGCUCAUCUUUGUCAUAAACGCUCAGCUCCUUCUCCUGACUUGGAAGCUCUUUCUACGAGUGUUAACUUCUGGGGUUGGAGGUAUCCACACAAAAAGUUCAACUCUUGGGCUAGCAAAAUGGCUGCUUUACACAAACCCAUUUGGAGAAAAGCUGGGAUUUUUGAAGCAAUUUUAUCAUCCACUUACAAAAUCCUUAAGAACACAGAUCUUGUUCUGGGUAUUGCUGAGAAAUGGUGUCCUGACACCAACACUUUCGUUUUCUCUUGGGGUGAAGCAACCAUAACACUUGAAGACGUUAUGGUGCUUUUAGGUUUCUCUGUUUUGGGUUCACCGGUUUUUGCUACUCUGGAUAGCUCAGGAGAGAUUAUCAAGGAGAAGCUGGAGAAAGAAUGGCUGAAGAUUAAGAAAGAUAAAGUCAGUUUUGUAACCCAAGUAGCAUGGAUGGAGAGAUUCAUGGACAGUGGUGAUGAGCUUGAGCAUGUGGCUUUCCUCGUCUUGUGGCUUAGCUACUUUGUUUUCCCAACACGCUAUUAUCAUAUCUAUGAAGCUAUUUUGCCAAUUGCUAUUCAUCUUUCAAGUGGUACUAAGAUGGCUCUUGCACCUGCUGUUCUUGCACACUUAUAUGCUGACCUGACUCUCUUGAAAAACCACAUUACAGCUUUCAGUGAAUCGCCUAUUAAGGUCGAAAUUGAUCUGAGUUCCUUGUUUAAGCUGGUCAAUGUUUGGAUAUGGGAGAGAUUCAGGGCACUGCAACCAAAACCCAAUCUGUUGGUAAAAGGUGAGCCAAGAUUGGUUCGUUGGCAUGACCUGAAACAGAAAACCAGCAAUGCAAGGUGGACUCUGGGAAACUCGAACAGUUUUGAGUGGCGUCCCUACACAAAAAAUGUGAGAAACUGGGAUUUUCCUCAGUUUUAUCCUGAGAAAGCGAUGUGGGUGACUCUUGUUCACAACCUUGAUGAUGAAUUCAUCUCCUUUGCUCGAUGCAUUAAGGUGUCUGAGCUUGUUGGAAUUCAAAAUGUGGAGCAUUACUUUCCUAAUCGGGUGGCUUCACAGUUUGGGAUGCUUCAGGAUGCGCAUUGUCCUGUUAACAGGAACAACCACUCACGAGAGGCAGCUUGGAAUGAUUACUAUAAGCCUAUUGAUGAUUUGGCAUUUUACAUUCCUUCCCGUUCUGCAAUAUCUUCUGAUACGCGAAUGUUCUGUGACCAGUGGAGAAAGGGGGUUGUUGGAUCAGCUAAAACAUUGAGAACCAGCAUAGGUGAUGACUCAAGUUGUGUUCUUUCAGGCUCUAAGAUGAACAGAAGAAGCGAGGAUGGAAGGAAGAUAGCUGAGGAUUCAACAAAAAAGAAACUUAAGUACAUGAAGGGAGCUCGUAAGAACGAUGGGAGUACAAUGGGUCGUUGUCAGAAACAGGUUCCAUCAGACAGUGAUGAUGACGAUGAUAGCCUCACCGUUGCUCAAAUAACGACACUUUAUAAGAAGAAGUGUAGUGAGAACAGUGGAGGAAAUGCUUCUGAGCCGCUUGGUAAGAAAAUAAAACUUGAGGCGGAUAACAAUGAUUUAGGGCCUUGCCAAAAGCUUUCUUCAAUAAGAGAUGAUGGAGAUGAAACUGUACCACCACCGGAAAUAGAGCAAAAGAAUGAAGAACCUCAUGAAACAGGAAGCAAAGCAGGGCUGCGUAUGAUUCUGAGCCCAUUCGAUGAAAAAAACUCUUCAAAACCUCCUGUUGAUUUUGGUCGAGCAAUUGACAUUGUUGUAUCUGCACCAGAGACAAGUCAAUUCUGUGAUGAUGAGCUUGAUGUAUAUGGAAGCAAUGCAGAGAAGAAGACUAUGAUCGAUGAUGACAGCGAGGAACCAAAGUGCUUACUCCAUGAAGAUGGUACCAUAACUAGAGAAAUGGUGAGAUCAGAUAAGAAGUGUUGCAGUGAAGCUGAGAAGGAAGAUGCUGAUGGAAGGAUCAAUGAGAAGGUGCUAGCAUUAAAGGCAGACAACAACAUAUCAAGCCCUCAUCAAGAGCUUGAUUCUGGAUGCACUAAUGGAGAUGAAACAAGCAAAGUGUAUAAGCCUAAGGUUCUGAAGCCAUCUGAUGAGUCAAACAUUCACAUCGCUGUAGGGCAUGGAAAUGAGGGACAGGAUUGCUUGCUGCAUGGUGAUGGCAUCGGAAGUGAAGAAGAAACUAUGAAAUCCAAUGAGCCGUUAAAGGUUUUCGAAAAGAGAAACAAUGAUUUGGGUGAGGGUGAUGUUGAUAAUGACACCACUGAAAAGAGAUUUCAAAAGCUGAAGGUGCUGGCAUUGUCGAUAGAGGAACGUAUUAUUAAGGCAGAAAGAGCUGUGGCAUUGUUGAACGUAAAGAGAGCCAUAAAACAGAGAAAAAUAGCAGCAGCUGGUUUGAGUUAGGUCUUGUUUUGGACAGAUAAAGAAAGGAGAAGUCAAAUGCAAGUAAUAUAUCAAAGUUCAGUCUCAUAUCUUUAUGAUCUUUUUGGUUUAGUGUCUUUUGAUUUUUCUUCCAAUUAUCUUUUAAAGACUGGUUUGGUUCAAGUGUUUCAUUUGUAUCUUUUGAACCUACUCAGUUAUGAGCAACUUAA